AUGGCCGGCAAUCCUCAGUCUCAGCAUCGUUGCGUUUUUGUUGGGAAUAUACCCUAUGAUGCUACUGAAGAACAACUUGUUCAAAUAUGCGAGGAGGUUGGUCCGGUCGUUUCCUUUAGAUUAGUUAUUGAUAGAGAUACUGGAAAACCAAAGGGUUAUGGGUUUUGUGAGUACAAGGAUGAAGAGACUGCUCUAAGUGCUCGUCGUAAUCUUCAGGGCUAUGAGAUAAAUGGUCGGCAGCUAAGAGUUGACUUUGCUGAGAAUGACAAGAAUGCUGACAGGAAUCGUGAACAGGGUCGUGGUGGUCCUGGUAUUCCCUCAAAUGUUGAUCCCUUAAAGCAAUUGGGCGGUCCAGCUGGACAAUCCAGUUUUCACCAGCCAAUGGGUGAUUCAGUUGCUGUGGCUGCUGCAACUGUCAUGGCAGGAGCUCUUGGGUCUGGUCAAGUUUCUAGCGCACUCAAUCAGAUUGGACUUCAAAGUCAGCCCAUGUUGGGAACUGAUCCUCUGACUCAUCAUUUGGCCAAGUUUUCAAGGACUCAGCUGAUAGAGGUUUUGUCUGCAUUGAAGGUAAUGGCUAUACAAAAUAAAGAACAGGCACGGCAGCUCUUACACGCCACCCCAAACUUGCCUAAUGCUCUUUUUCAGGCCCAAAUUAUGCUUGGGAUGGUGUCCCCAGAAAUGUUGCAGAUGCCCAAUAUUCGGCAAGCCUCUGCUCAACAAGUUCACCCUGUCAUGCAAAGUGCUCAGACUCUUCCGGGACUUCCUCCACUUCCCCAAAACAAAAUUCAGUCAGAUUUGCUGCCUUAUGCCCAUGAAAAUCGAGUGUUGACUGGUGUACCAAACCAGAAAGCUGCAAUUCAGCAACUUUCUACGCCACCUCAAAUGCAACUUCCACAGUUAGUGCAGAACCAAGUCUUACAGCCACGUCCCAAUUCAGCAUAUGAUCACCCACUGCUUCAGAAUGCAGGCCCACAUACUUCUCUGAUUAUAAAUCCACAGUUGCCAGCUGCAGGCUUUCAGCAGCCUAGCUCCGCAUCACCGUCCACCAUGCUGGAAAAUAUGGAUUUGAAAGGACGUGGUUCAGCUGUCAUUGGGCAGUCAAGAGUUGUGAGUGGCACCACGGACCAAGCCAAUAGAGCAUCAAAAUUGGUGAAAUUGAAUGGCGCACAAGCCUUACCUUCUUCACGGGCUGUAAAUGUAGUCACACCAUUCCCGACUUCCAAUAUACCAGGAAGACAAGCCCCAAGAGCAGAAGAGACUCUGAAAUCUGACAAGCAAGCUACACAGCUACAAGUCCCUUCAGAUGUCGAUCGAGCCUUGCUUCAGCAAGUCCUGAGCCUAACGCAGGAGCAGCUGAGUUCCCUGCCUCCCGAUCAGCAGCAGCAACUGAUCCAACUCCAGCAAAUGCUUCGGCAGGCGACAUAG